AUGGCUGGCAAACGUCCAACCAUCCAUCCAUUUUUCACGGUGAAAAAGAGGAGACAAACAGAGUCAACAGAAGAUACUAAAUCAAUUGCUGAUUUAUCAACGCCGAUUAACGAUGUAAAUAGUGAAAAAAUUCCAGAUGAAGAUACAUCACUUAGUGUUGUCGAUGAUGAGUUGCAGGAGGAUGCACCUUCUUCGUUCGUUGAUGAUCAAUCAGAAGAACAGUUAUCAAAGUGUGAAUUAGCCUGUUGUACGUC